UUUGCUUUUGUGUCGUUUCAGAGGGGCGGCUGCUGCCUGGCUCGCUGACCCCCCCAAAAAAUACCCCCCAGAAAACUGGAAAGGGGGGGGCUCUGCCGCCUGUAUCCUUUAAUCAACCUUGAAGGGGGAACUUAACUGGUUUUAAUUAUUAGUCAGCUAAUUAAUAGGCAAUGGUAAUUAAUUCAUGGAUUUAAUUGCAGCCUGUAUUGUGGGGGUGACACCCCUAAAUCUUGCGCCGUCAUCCCUGUCCCCCGCAUCCUUGCGCCGCCGUCCAAUGCGUUUGUCACCUCGGUGCCUCGUUAAGCACCGACUCAUUAAUUAACCCUGGAGGUAGAACUGUGUGUGGUGAAAUAUGGGGCUGCUGUGCACCCCUCGACCUUCGUGCUGCGUCCGAUGUCACCCCAAAUCCUUGUCCUUGUCCCCCUGGGAAACACGAACAAGGGUCCACUUUGUCACCUCGGCGGGGAGGAGGGGGGUGGUGAGACCCCCCCCCCCUUAGUGUCCCUUGGGGGUCCCCCUGGACCCCCCUCCUCACAAUAGCUGCAUUUUGGGGGUGUUUCCUCCCAUUUUGGGGUUGAAAAAUGUUUGUUUGGUAUCGUCAGCCUUUGGAAAGGGAUGGGAAUUGGGGAGUGGGGAGGGGACAAGGGGCUGGUGGGGAUGCAGGGGGUUUUAGGGGGGCACAGGCUGUUGUCACCACCGUCCUAACCCCCCUUCUCCUCCUUUUCCCAAUCCUAGAAGGGUAUUUCUGCCAUGGGCUCCGGAGCGAUUGACCCCAAGGAGCUCCUGAAGGGCUUGGAUUGCUUCCUUGGCCACAAUGGCGAGGUCAAGAACAUGGACAGCAUCUCCAAAAUCUUCAACUUGAUGAAGGAUGCGCAGAAGCUUGUGAGUCGCUGCAUCUACCUGAACAUCCUGAUGCAAACACAGUCGCAGGACAUCCUGGCCAAGUUUAUCCAGAUAGGAGGCUACAAGCUGCUCAACAUCUGGCUGACGGCUGCCAAAGCCUCCAACAACGUCGCCUUCCUGCAGCAGAUCCUCCUUACCCUGCAGCACUUGCCACUCACGGUGGAUCACCUCAAACAGAACAACACAGCCAAGCUGGUGAAACGGCUCAGCAAAUCGCAUGACAAUGAAGAGCUGCGCCAACUUGCUGCCAUCCUCGUCAGUGACUGGAUGGGUGUCAUCCGUUCCCAUAGCAGCGUCCAGCCCGCUGAACGUGACAGAAAGAGACGAAGAGAGGAAAACAAAAGCAAAAUGGUUGUCCAAGAGAAACCCCAAGAAACCAAAGCUGAGGCUAAAGCCGAGGAGGUGCCAGAGAAGAAGCGGGAGAAACCCAAAUCUCUGCGCACCACGGCGCCCAGCCAUGCCAAGUUCCGCUCCACUGGUCUGGAGAUGGAGACACCUUCGUCAGCGCCCGCAAAGAAAAUGAGGUCUGCUUCGGGCGCUGAUAAAUACGGCCUGAAACCAAUGCCCGUCAAGAGGCAAAACGUCUCGGUGUUGUCUGGAGAGGCUGCUCCAGCCAAGAAGAAAUAUAAACCGCUCAACACGGCGCCCAAUGCCGCCAAGGAGAUCAAAGUGAAGACCAUUCCCCCUCAGCGCUUGGCCGAGAGCAGCAUGGACGUCAGAUCCAUGGAAAACCCAUUGGAGAGCGGGCCAAUGGCCAAGAAAGCCCGGAAGAAGAAAACAGUGAGCUGGGCUGAGGAAGAGAAGCUCUGUCAAUACUUCUACUUUGAGUGGGAUGAGACAGAACGAGUGAACGUCAACAAGAUGAAGGGCUUUGGCGAAGCGGCCAGGUGGGAGAUGCUGAAGGACUGGGAGGCGUUUGAGACAGCGCGGCGCCUCAGCCACGACGCCAUGGAGAAGGUGCCGUGGGUUUAUCCCCGGCUCCUCGAUCUCCCCGCGCCCCUCAUUGUGCCGGGCAGCGGCAGCCGUGAGCGCUUCAUCCAGGCCGAGCGUGAGAAGGGGAUCCUACAGGAGAUAUUCCUGUCCAAGGAAAGCGUUCCUGACAGCCCGCAUGAGCCGGACCUGGAAUCAUGCGAGCCGCUGCCCCCCAAGUUGAUCCCCCUGGAUGAGGACUGCUCAGCUGAGGAGGCGGUGUAUCCCAACACCAUGGAUACCAGCGCCGCCUCCCCCGCGGCCGACGCCAGUGCUGAGGCCAAGCUGCUGCCCAUUUUAGCCAACCUCAUGGGCAGCGUCGGGGCCGGGAAGAGCCCCCAGGGCCCCGCGCCCGCUGCCAACAUCAACAUCCAGGAGAUCCUCACCUCCAUCAUGGGUGGGCCGAGCCCCCACAGUGCCGAGGACCUCCUGAAACAGGAGUAUUCAGAAAAAAUCAAGCACCUGCUGGGGAACCUGCAGGCGCAGCCCACAGGACCCGGUGGAGUGCCCCACGGCUUGCUCGGCCCCGGCCCCAUGGCCACUGGCUUCCCGCCCGGCCCAAAGGGCCUACAGCAGUUCCCGCCGGGGGGACCCCUGCCCGGACCCCACGGCGGCGGCGGCGGCGGUGGGGGGCCCAGUCUCCCACCAGGCCCGGGGAUGCCGGGUGGUCCCCGUCUUUUGGGGCCACCCCCCCCGCAACGUGGAGGCAACGAGUUUUGGGACGCGCCAGCUGGGGGGGUCGCUUCGAGGUGGCCCCCACGGCAGUGGGAUGCGCGGGGGGGGCCCCUUUCACCGCCCCCGCGGCCGUAG